CUUGACAACUGCUUACAGCUCAAAGGGAAGGACACCUGGCAAAGUUGCUUGUAUGGUUGGGAUAGCAAGAUGGCGGGAGCAGAUUUUCUACCCCCUAUCGACAGGUCUGCCAGCAAUUUUCCAAGCCUUUCUGCGAUGUGUAGAAAGAUAACGGACACAACUCCACUCAUCGUGCCGGCAGGGAAAGUUAUCUUGAAAUCAGAUAGGGUGGCUGAAUGCAUGAUGGCGAGUGAACUCCUGGCGAAGGGGCCGCAUACUCCUCAGCACAUCAAGAAAUAUCGGCAAUCAGUUCAGCGACAAGCGGGAAAGGUCAUCCGCCACUAUGGACUUUGGGAUGAUAAGCUGCCCUCAAAUGAGGAUAUGACAUUUGGCACAAAAUUUCAUCGGUCGCCAGAUGACACUGUGUUUGCAGCAGUCAACGCACACCCACGCAGCACUAUGAUGCAGCACUAUCAGGAAUUCAAAGAGAAAGAUUAUUCAAGCUCGAAAAAAGAGCCGCUCGGAAAGGUCAUGAUCCGGGGACACGUGCUUCCUGAAGGGGCAGGGACAACAAAGCCUUUUGGCUGCUUCAUUGGUGCAAAGGAACGGGAUCGGAAUCCAGAGAGUCGAAAACUGAUAUACCCAGGGCAACAGGGGAAUGAUGAUGCACAUGCUUUAUACGUGAGGUCUCACGGAGACUUCUAUCCGGGGGAGCAGAGGAACAGAUGCUAUGACUGGAAGUCUGCAGGAAUAGAUCCGACACACAUGCGGUUUGGCGUACAAGAGAAAGGCAGGUGGCUCAAUGGAGUGGGCAAAUUGCUCAAUCCUCAACUGCAGGAAAAUAAGAAAAUUGGCGAGAGCAUAAUAUGCAAGAAGCUGGAUGAUUAUCGGAUGGAGAACGUGUCUGAGGUGGGACACGUGAAGCGACUGGGAAUACGCAUAGGAACGGACGAUUCAUUUGCUUUCGGCAUUCCGACGCGAAGAAAGCCUGAGUGGGGGAUGGCAGAUCUUUUGAUGGGUGAUUAUACGAAAGAGCAACAACAACCAGACAAUGACCUUGGGAAGUCUAUUUAUCGUAUGAACCCGACUUUCAAAGUUCCCGAUCGACCUGGCGGAGUACCCACCAUACGAGACGAUAUACCGGCACCAAAGAUAAGAGCACUGGGAGACAUUCAGAUAAAGAGUCUGGUGAAGGAUGCAGGCGUGGAUAUCACCGACGAACAGGUGCACGAAGCCUUCCAGCUAGCCUAUGAGAUUGAGAUUGAAUGUGGUGCCUAUGUUAAGGAAGGAUGUCCUCCCAAAGUUUCUCUAAAGACCUUCCUCAUCACCAUGCAGCAUGUGAACCCUCCCCCAGAACCGCCCAUCAUUUAGAAUUUUACAUGGCCACAGUUUUUUUCCCCAUCCUGAGCUGCAGUUCGGUCGACCGGUCCAACAAAGCGCAUGCUGCCCAUGACAGGCCGGACCCGAUGCUGGUUCGGCAAGCGAGGAUCAAGCCCGCAAGAGGUUCGCCUUUGGCAAAAGUGCCAAGUGGUGGUUUAAGCAAAACCGGCCGAAGGGCGGAGCUGGCAGAGGGGAGCGAGGGGGCGUGAGAGGGGUCUUUCAUGCCCCAAACAAUGUGGUCAACAGACUCAACACAGUUUUGCAGGUUUUUGCCUGUUCUUCAGACAGAAGAUUGUUACACACGUAGCGACGAUGAUCUCCCUCUGCAGCACAUAGAGAAGAGAAGAUGAUUCAGCUCUGUUGCAUGCAUCAGAUGGUGUCGGAAUCUGAAUGUUGCAGGGCAGCAGGUACCGGAAGUGGCAUGAGCAAUUAACAGACUGCGGGAUUUUGGUUCAAUCAUCUUGAAUACGGGUACACCUUUACCUGGCGGUUAGCCCCCAACAGGAUCCCACACCUGCAGCUGUUAGUUCAUGGAACAACAGACCCUGUAAACUGCAAGAAUACUGUCAACCAUUCCUCCUUUAAGAAAUCCUUCUUGUGUCUUCACAGUCAGCAGCCAAUGCUAAGUAGAUGAGGGUUCAAAGGUAAACCAUGGUGCUCAAGGGUGUGCAAGGGGCCAAGGGAGUAAAUUCAGAACCAGUUC